UCCAGCGGCGCUUCCAAGUCUGCCGAUCGCUGUUUCCGUCUCCCUCGCUCUCUCCGCCCGCUUUCGCUUGUCACCUGCGCCGGAGGGGGGCGAUGGAUCGCGCCUGGCCCUCCGAUCCCCCGGCGGCUUCCGCUGCGCUAAGGGACGGGCUCCUGCCGUCGCCCAAGCCCCCGACGAAGAAGCAGGCGGUGAAGCGGCACUACCACAAGCACAACCUCCGGCAUCGCUACGAAUUCCUGGAGACCCUGGGCAAAGGCACCUACGGCAAGGUGAAGAAGGCGCGGGAGAGAUCCGGCAAGCUGGUUGCCAUCAAAUCUAUCCGGAAAGACAAAAUAAAGGAUGAGCAGGAUCUUGUCCAUAUCCGAAGAGAGAUUGAAAUCAUGUCGUCCCUCAAUCACCCCCACAUCAUUGCUGUCCACGAAGUAUUUGAAAACAGCAGCAAGAUCGUCAUUGUGAUGGAGUAUGCCAGCAAGGGAGACCUCUACGACUACAUCAGUGAGCGCCAGAGAUUAACUGAGCAGGAAGCCCGACACUUCUUCAGGCAGGUGGUGUCUGCUAUCUACUACUGUCACAAGAAUGGAAUCGUUCAUAGAGAUCUGAAGCUAGAAAACAUCCUUCUGGACGCUAACGGCAACAUCAAGAUUGCAGACUUCGGCCUCUCCAAUGUCUUCCAACAAGACAGGUUCCUCCAGACCUUCUGUGGGAGCCCCCUCUAUGCAUCCCCCGAGAUCGUCAAUGGAAGGCCUUACAAAGGACCUGAGGUUGACAGCUGGUCCCUUGGAGUGCUCCUCUAUAUUUUGAUUCAUGGCGCAAUGCCUUUUGAUGGUCAAGACUACAAGACUCUGGUCAAGCAAAUCUCAAGCGGUGACUAUAGGGAGCCCACCAAGCUAUCGGAGGCCUGCGGUUUGAUCCGGUGGAUGCUGAUGGUGAACCCAGAGCGCCGAGCCACCAUCGAAGACAUUGCCAGCCACUGGUGGGUGAACUGGGGCUACAAGGUGCCCAUUGGGGAGCAGGAGUCCUUGCGUGAGAACGAAUCUCCAUUGGCCACCGUGGCAGAGUGGCUGCGCCGCUCCUCCAGGCCCCUCUUUGAGAAUGGCUCCAAGGUCCGCUGCUUCUUCAAGCAGCACAUCCCUGGCGUCACGCUGGAGAGGCAGCGCUCGCUGAAGAAGUCUAAGAAGGAGAACGACGUCUCCCACGCUCUGCAGGAGACAGGACCCACUCCUGAGAACUCAUCCAAAUCUAUCCUCAAGAGACCCAAAGGCAUCUUGAAGAAGAGGAAUUCCUGCGAGAAGACCCAGGCUCCCCCUCCCCCUCCUCCUCCUCUAGUGAUGGCACCUCCCGUGGACAUGAGGAAGGAGGGCAAUACUGGAACUGCCCUUGACUUGACUUGCAUCUUGUCAUCCAAGGCUCUGAACUGCAAGAACGAAGAUGAUGUUGCAGCCACCCCUACCGCACCCAAGAAGGGAAUCCUGAAGAAGCCCCCAAAGAGAGAGUCUGGCUACUACUCCUCCCCAGAGCGCAGUGAAUCGGUGGAUGUCUUGGACUCUAGCAUGGACCUCGAUGCCAACGUCUUUGCUGGCCAUGCCUCCUCUGCACCCUCACCUCAGAGCUCCAGUUAUGACCAUCACACCAGGAGGAAAGGCAUCUUGAAGCACAAUGGCAAGUACUCUUCCAGCAGCACUGAGUCAGACAGCGUGCCUGCCAAGGUCUUCUCCCCUUUUGCUGAAGUCUCCUUGCCCAAGCUUCCCCUGACCUGCCGUAGUCGCCCAUCCAGUGCGGUGAGCGAGGACAGUAUCCUUUCCACAGAGUCCUUUGACCAGCUUGACUUGCCUGAUCGGAUGCUUGGGGGUGGAGGCAUCCCGAUGCGAGCAUCCGUCUCUGCGGAUGACCUCCUGCAGCUGGAGGAGGAGAGAGAGGCAGGAGGUCGGCGGCUCCGCCGCUGGACAGUGACUCGUUGCCAAAACCCUCUGGCAGAUAGCUGCUUCUCCCUGGUGGACUGCGAUAAUGUCACUGAGGUCUAUAAGCGGGCUGUGGCCAUCAGCAUGAAACUCAGCUGAGGGGGCCACGGGAAGACUUUGCGCUAGUCAAUGCACACAUCCACAGUGGCUCUGGCUCGAGAAGGAACAGAGUUGUCCAAACAAUUUGCACUUCCUUUUGAGGUGGGACCAGAGAACUUUCCUCAGACUUUGUCUUCUCCUCCCCCGACAGGGUUAGAAGUGCAACCGGCUAGAAGUAUUUAUUUGUUGCAUACGCUUUGGAAUGUAAAGAGAACACUCGAGGUUUUAGCAAUGGCUUGUACUGGUUCAACAGGGUACAGGAGUGUGUUUGGAGGGAGAAGAAGGUAUGUUGGCAGGAAGUUUGUGGAUGUGGGAUGGAUCUGUAAGGCCAGUGUAGUGGGGCUGGAGUAUUAGGGGAGAAACAGGGAGGCAUCUGUUAAGUGCAGGGCAAUGGGUUAAAAAAAAUCAAUCAAUCUGCCUUCUCACAGCGAGUUGAAAUCCUAAACGGUGGAGACCUGUAACACUCCCUUGAACACUUUCAUCUCUCCAAACAGAACCUGAUGGUCAUCUCUGAUCUUAGUGACUGGGAUGGUUAUUUUAUUUGCACUGUGCUUCUUUAAUUGCACAAAGAUCAUAACAGAGGUAGAAACUCCUCUGUAGGGGAACAAUGAUGUGGCAAGGCAAUAGGAAAGGAAUAGCUCUUGAGCUGGAGAAAAAAAACAAAACUAGGUUUCUGGAGAGUAUCUGCACUACAAACAUAGAAAAGGGUGUCUUGCUAUAUCCUGGUAUUCUCAGCCCUAAAAGUGGGGAGGGGGCAAGGGCUUGCUAAUGUGAUUCUGAGCAUCCUCCCUAAAAUCAAGACUGUCUUUAGAAAAGCCAUGGUGGUUGAACUAGAAGCAUGCGACCGUGGUGCAAGUAGGAUGUCAGCUGUUGAGAACUCACCAGAGUAACAGCACACAGGACCUCAAAAAGAUUCCCCACCAUCCUUCCUGCUUUGGUUUAUUUAUUCAUUUGAGCAGACUAGAAUAUGUGGCUUCAUAAUUAUAGAUUCUAAAAAUAAAAUAAUGCAAGAUGGCAAAAGGUGUAUCUCUAUCCUUGGUGUAUCUUUCCUCUCUGCACCUCCUGAGAGAGAGAGAGUUUGCAAUUUUGAGAAAGUCAGUUGGACAACACCUGUGACAAUUACAGCAGUCAUUGUGUAUCUCAGGAGAUUGGCCUGCCCUUAUUUUUGGGAAAAGAUCUUGACUGAAAUGCGAAUCAAAUCAGAACUGGGCCCUGGGGCACAUGACAUCUGAAUGCCCAAUGGAAGCCUUUACUGGAAUGGGAGCAAAUAAGGAGACGGGUUUAAAAGAAUAGGCACAUCAGGCAUUAGAGAAAGUGGGCAUCUUGUCCAUGGUAAACACAUGUGCCUUUAAAUACAAAAGUAUGAACUGUGGCUCUGAGCAUAAGAUAAGUAAACUUAUGCAGUUUAAUGGAAGAAAGCCUUCUGGUAUCCUUCACCUCUCAAUAGCCUCUUGUAGCCCCUAAAAUUCCUCUCUGGAGGCCGCCUGAAUAAUGUGGGGUGAGUCUGUGGGCAGAGGACUGGAAACUUUCUUUUUAUGAACUUCUUGGAAGUUAACUUAUCUCAGCCUAUGUGUGUUUGCCCGGAUAGCUGUUACCUGAAGGGGAUUUUGUUGUUGCCGAGUAUUUCAAAACACUGCUUUUCCGAGCAAUGCAAGCUACUUGAUGAAAUGUUUUUGUUUCUUGUAAUGGUUAAAGAUGGUAUUCUGUGUGUGUGUUGUUGUUUUUUAAAAAGUAACUGGUGACUUUAAUAACUAGCAGGAAAGUGAUCUGCAGAACAUUUCUAUCUUGUAACCCUUUUGGAUUCCAAAUAACCUGUUGCACUAUCUUGCCAUGUCUUCUCUGGUUGGCCUUCCAACUCUGUUUGCUUUUAUUAUUAUUUUUGCCAUCCAGGGAAGUUAAUCAGUACAAAAAAAGCAAAAUGAGACUUGAACUCUCUGGUCUGUGCAGCUCUCCUUUUCGCAAGCUGAUGGCAAACAAUGGUUAUGCAAAAAGAAUAAAGGAAAAGGAACCAAC